UGGUAGCGGAAGUGGGUGUGGCCAGAGGGACAGUAGGGGAUCACAAGACUUCAGCUGAAAGAGAAUGUGUUGUUCCAUACUUCAUGUACGAGUGAACUACACUGUUUUGGGCGCUUUGAUUCGCAUGCGCGUGCAAUAAUAACGAAAUCGCGUGCAAUUGUUUUGAAAAACGCCACGCCAUUUUGUCAGAGAAGCCCUCCAUUUCCAUUUCACAGUGGUUUCGUUUGCACAAGGAUCUACCUCUUGACUUGAAUAUUACUGGAGUGAGGUCAGCAUUGCAUGACUCAAUCGUGGAUAAGCAUGCAGUCAUUUCUCUACUGUUGCAUUGGACACUGCAGUUGUUCUUAGGUCGACCUGAAAACAAACGUAGAAAACAACAAGCACGACUGCAGUGUGACACGGAAUUAGUGACUGGAUAAUCCCUUUUCUGCAACAAAGGACUUCUGGUUGUCUUCAAUGAAUGAGCAACAAGUUAACCUAAAGACUUCUCAACCCAGCUUGACAUCCCGGGAGCGGAAUAGUUGGCCGUGAAGAAAAAAGCAAAUGGACAUGUUUGAGCUACAUCGUACUGAAACUUCUAUUUCUGAACAGGAGAUGCUGCAGUUUUUUCUUUUAAAGCUUGCCUGCAUUCCUACCAUGCUGAGUAGGUUUGGAUGACCAUUAACUGUCAUUAAACUAAUCAAGGGUUCUUUGUCAAGUGUGAUACUCUUAAGACGCUUCAUAAAAACUUUGUGUGGUUUGGGAAUUUGAACUCUUGGUCUCCUUAACCUCCCACUCCACCACUCCCCAGAAUUCAUGAAAGUCAUGAGUUUGCCACCUCAACAGAAACCAAACGCAAAAAGAACGGGCAAGCGCAUCACUUUCUUUAGCGACCAGGGUGUAGCGAUGAAAGAGGCCUCUCAGCAUACAGAGCCCUACUAUGGCAUUGGGGUCCCUCCCUCAGGGCCAGGCCAUAAUGACAGUGGAGGUGUGGAAAGCUUGAAUGCAGAAGCACCACAUACGUACCUCAAUUCUGUCAUUUUCAGCCCAGAGAAGAGUGAUCAAAGCCGUGGGCACUACCAACAGAUGAUGCCCAUGAAGUGGUCCCACCAAGACCCACCUUUGCAGCCCCAACAGCGACCAAACAAUUGGUCACAGGGUAUGACUGCUUGGUCCCAGAACUUUGGCCCUUACGUGGGGGCUCAGGCUGCUUUUGCAAAGCAGAUGCAUGAGGGCAUGUCAGUACAGCAACAGCAGCAGCAACCUGAGCCAUCGACUGUUAGGGCAACUGAAAAACAAGUGGCUAACAUAAGUGGAGAGACCUUUAGGGAUACAACCAAACCUGGCCGGGGCAUGGACUGGGAACAGCAGCAGGCCUUUCAGCAAACACAAAAGCCUGGAAUGUUAAAUCCGCAGCAGCACGGACAGUCCAACCCUGGGAAUUCUGUGCUGCAACCCUUUCAGUUAGCUUUCGGACAGCCCAAGCAGAACUUGGUAGCGGGAUACUAUCAAGUAGUUCAGGGCAAUCGGACCUUGCCGAAUUUGAAUUACAGUACACAGACGAAUUCCCAACUACAGCAGCAACUACAACAACAGGAGCAACAGCAAAAACUGCAGCGGCAAAUAAUGUUUCAACAGCGGCAUCAUCUGGAACAGCAGAUACGACAACAGGUGCAGCAGCAGCAGCAGGUGCAGCAGCAGCAGCAGGUACUUCAGCGUCAAAAACAGCCACAACAGAUAUCACAAUCACAGUUGCAGCAACAAGCACAGCAGUUAAAACAUACUCAGAAACUGCAACCGCCACAACAACAUAUGCAACAGAUUCAACCGCAACAAGACUUGGUUCAGCAGCAACAAAAAUCUGAGCAGCCUCUUCAGAACCAGCAUGUAUUGGAAAAUUACUCCGAUGGCCAGCAGCCACAUGCUUCGUCACUUGAUCAGCAUCAGCCCUCAUUACCAGGACAGUCCCAAGAGACAACUGAUCCCUCAUCAACACAGACUCAAGACUCUGUUCCUCAGCCUCCCUCAACUGUUCCCCAGCAAUCCAUCGAGACCCAACAGCCUGGGCCCCGGAGAUCACGUCGACUUUCAAAAGAGGGUGGGGGCCCUGCCUCGGAUAACCCAUUUGUCAUACCGACUGAUCUCCACACUCAAGGCUCUCAGAAUGGUGCUUCUGAGACAAGUGCGGUGCAAGACAUCCGGGCCGCUCCAACAGGUGUAAUCCAGAGCACACGACGUAAGAGGAGGGUGUCGCAAGAGGUCAACCUGGAAACCUUGGCUCAGAAGGCUUCGGAAAGGGAAUCUCUUCCCUCACGUAGUAUCAAGCAAGAGCCACACAGGCCCUGGAGCCCCCCUGUUGCCCCAACAGGUCCAGGUCGAGGGGCAGCUGAUGUGGAUCAGGUGAGUGCCAAGCGGCCCAGAGAUGACGGCCUCAUGCCAUUGGUCAUUCCAGUCUCUGUGCCAGUGAAGCAGACUGAAUCCUUGUCCCCGGAUCACGAGCAAGCCUCCCUCUCAGCUAGUUGGCCUUCACGGCCUUUAAGCACCCAUGACAUGAGCUGCUCCGAUUACAAGACUUCUGUGAUUGUUACUCGACGACGUUCACUGAGGAACUCUCUGUCUGAGAGCACGGGCCAGAACGGUGGAGCAGAGAGCGGAAGUGAAGCUGACGGUAAAUCGGCCAAAGCCAAACGACGGCCUCGUCCAGAACCGCUCUUUAUACCCCCACCCAAACUUGGAACUUUCAUUGCCCCACCAGUCUACUCCAGUAUCACACCUUACCAGAGCCACUUACGUUCACCUGUCCGAUUGAUCGACAACCCCCUCAACAUGCCGCCUUACACUCCCCCGCCCAUCCUCAGCCCAGUUCGAGAGGGUUCGGGUCUUUACUUUUCCACCUUCCUGUCGGCCACCGCUGCAGCCGCAGCGAAUAAUCAGGGGCUGCCCCCACCUGCCACUCCAAAAUCUGCCACCCGUAGCCUCCUGCGCUCCAACAGCAGUGAUAUAACCCCUCCAGUUCUCUCUGCUAUGAGUGAGGCUACACCUGUCAGCAUUGAGCCUCGGAUAAACAUUGGAUUGCGGUAUCAGGCGGAGGUCCCGGAGCUGAGAGAGCGCUCGGCAGUGCAGCACGACCUACACAAGGCUGAACUGGUGUGGGCACCACUGCCUGACCUGGAGGCCAACACUGAGCAAAAGCAAAGAGUGGAUGACCUCAUGCACCUGGCGUGCUCGAGUGCGUUGCAUGGAGGAGGGACCAAUCAGGAACUGGCCAUGCACUGCCUUUAUGAAUGCAAGGGUGACGUCAUGGGAGCCCUCACCCUUCUGUUGUUAAAAAACCCCAUCUUUCCCAAAGCGCACCCUCUGGCUGGCUACCACUACUCUGGCUCUGACAGUUGGACGCCAGGGGAACGACGUUUCUUCAACAAAGGCAUUACCACCUACAAGAAGGACUUUUUCAUGGUCCAGAAACUGGUGAGCUCCAAGACCGUGGCUCAGUGUGUGGAGUUCUACUACACGUAUAAGAAGCAGGUGAAGAUCGGCAGGAACGGAACACUCAUAUACGGAGAAGCAGAGCCACCAGAGACUAAACCCAUGACAGAGGAGGAAGUGGACAAUAAAAGUUCACAGAAAUUCGAAUCGCGGAAAGAAGACGAGGAGAGCAGGAAGUGGGAACGGUCAUGUGACAGGAAACAAGAAAACAGCCCGGGCAGGGUGACACAAUCGCUACAAGCCACUGAAAAUGCUGCUGCCAUCUUGGUCUUAAGAAGUCAGGAGGACAGCACUAGAGAUCCAUCCACGUUGGGGGCCGGUCAUCAUCCUCCUCCUCCUCCACCACCACCACAACCAACAUCUAAACCCCGCUCUGACACCACAGGCCGGAAAAGCACUGGCAAUACAGGAAAGGGACAAACGAACCAAGAGGGUGAAUUCCCCUGCAAGAAGUGUGGCAGGAUCUUUUUUAAAGUGAAGAGCCGCAGUGCCCACAUGAAGAGUCACGCCGAGGCGGAGAAAAAAGCAGCUGCGCUCCGGCAGAGGGAGGCCGAGGAGCGGGCGGCAGCCGCCUUGUUGGCCGCCCAGCAGAACGGAGCGAUGGGGGAUCAGAGCAGAACGAGGAGAGCCAGCAGCGACGACUCCUCAGAGGAAGAGGAGGAUGCAGAUGAUGAAGACUGGCACUAGCUAACAAUCUCUUUCGUAUGGCCGAGAAAAAACCUAUUUAUUUUUAUUUUACCAGCCAACAAGACCCAUCCCAAAAGAACAGUUUCAGGGACUGGUUUACUCCCGUAGAGUGUUCGUGCGAGUGCGUAUGUGUGUUAUGUGUACAUGAGACGGACAAAGACGGAGACCGAUGCUGUAGAAGCAUUCAGGGGCUAAAUGUUCAGAUAUAGGGCUAUUUGGAGUGUAAGCCAUGCCAUCUCAGUGUGAAUGUGUGUGUGUGUGUGUCUAUAAUAUGCACUUUCGGACUCAUCCUACACACACUGAUCUGACCGCAGCACAUGUAUCCAGUGUCUGUGCAAAGAACUCACUCACUGUUCAGCCGUGAAACGAACCAUUAUGGAUUCAGUGCUGUGGAAGUAGAAGGACACAGAAACAAGUGUGCAUGUGUGUUUAGUCUUUUCCUCCUUUUUUCGAAAUGAGAACGAUGGUAUCUUUCUCUUCCACAUGACUGCCAACGCUUGCACAGCUGUGCUUGUACGCCUGGUCUUGAUCUCCAGUGCUGUAAUUUUGGGCUUUCUGUUUUGAGUAUCUCAAAGGUGAAGUUCAUCCGGAAUGGAAAAUUCUAUCAUUUUCUCACCCUCAUGUCAUUCCAAACUGCCCUUUUUUUUUCUUUUUUCUUCAGAACACAAAAUGAGACGUUUAGCAGAAUGUUCAUGCUGUUCUUUCACAAAUCUUGUCUAAGGGCUUUCAAUAGGUUUGUCAAAGAAACAGAAUGAAAGCUUGACUCAUCAUGACAUAGUGUUGUUAUUUAAAACAAAAACUAAAAAAAGUUUAUUUUCUUUAAGUGAUAUAAAGUAGGGCUGUCAAAUCGAUUAAUCACAAGUGUAAUAAAAGUUUGUGUUUACAUAAUAUAUGGGUGUGUGUGUACG